CCGGGUUGGUUGAUCAGUGGAGCAAUACGUGCAAAAAUACACACAAAAUACGCGCAAAGUACAAGAUGUGCUACCUCUUUCAAAUUAUAUGGCUGAUGGUUAACGUGCUGUUACUCCAAUUGGUAGAUGUGUCGGUUCUUUUUGCGCAAAGAUUGGCUCCGGAAGAUCAUCAAGUGUUGCAGAUGGUUCAUCUAUCUAAGAUAAUAUCAGUACAGUCGCGGUACUUUGCGAGCGACCAACGACAAAGUGACUCCCGACGUGUUGUAAUCGUCUUAGUACCUCCAGGAGGCGAAAAGCUCCGGGUUCAACGGCGUCUCUCCACAGAAAGCUUCCUGGUCGUCGGGCCUUCACCAAACCUUCCCAAUGGACUUGACGUGCCGCCACCAGUUAGAAAAACGUGGUGAUAAAUAUAUGUCACAUCCUCAUACGCUAAAUAAAUAGAUUGAGCAAUAGCAGGAGCAUUUUCUGGUCGACCAUAUUGAAAAGUAUGUCGUGUCCUGCAUGAAACUGUUGAUUUGACUGUGUGCAUCGAUAAGGACCAAUCUUAUUCUUAUGUACUAUGAACUGCCUCGAUAGCUUCGUACGAACCAUCCCUGGCAAGCAAAACACGGUCGGAUAAAAUCGUUACGAUGCCUUUAACACGUAUUUACAAAAAAAAAAAAAACAUUACACGCAAAAAAUAAUGUACAAACGAAUUACAACAAAAAAUAUACGAACAGAAAAAUUUACAAAUACAAACAAUCUGAACGUCUAACUGGAACUGCUGCAGAGAGUCGCUACGUCAAUAAACAAAUUUUUUAAGCUUCCUUAACCAGCUUGUUCUAUUAGAAUUGCUAGUUAUAGAUUCGUCGGUUUGAAAUUGGAAUAUAAAUCCUGUAUAUU